AUGUCAUUCAACAAAAUAGACAAGAAAAAUAAUCUUCUAGCUGAUGUAAUUGAAGCUAGUGGGAUCUUGUCAGAUGGCACAGAAUCAUUUCCUCCAUCUAUAAAUGCAAAAUCUGCAUUGUCUAAUCAGGAAGAAAAAAUAUCGGAGGAACUAGAAGAACCAACUGAAACGGUUGUGAUUGAAAAAGAAACGGAAGUCUUAAAUGUCGAAGAGACAUGGACUGAUGAAUCUAGGUUACAAGAAAUAGCACCAUUAGAAAAUGAUGAAAAACAAAACGAAGAAGUUUUAAAUGUAGACACAUCAUUGAGUCUUGAAGAUAUUAAUUUACCAUUAAGUCAGUUGGAAGAUGGACAGAUACUAGAAAUUCAGACACAAGAUGAUGCAGGUGUUCUUAGUGAAUCUACAAGAAUAACUAAAGAAAUGUUGGAGCUUUUACAACAAGCUGGUCUUCAUAUACAAGAGAUUGAAGUUAAAAGUGAUUUGUCAAAUGAUAGUUAUCAAGGAUCGGUGCCAGUUAAAUCUACCAAUGAGGAAGAAGCCGUCGAAAUGAAAAAUAAAGAGAGCUGCGAAUUAUUAAAACAUGAAGAUAAUGAUUCUUGUGAGAAACUAAUCCUCUGUCAGCAAGAUGAAUACGAAUCAUCCGAAGUGGAUAAAACCAUCAAUGAGUCCACCCAAUCCAAAAAUAUCCAAAUUCUGGAAAACAAAGAAUUGGAAUGUGUAGAAGAAGAUUCUCAAUCAGACGAACAAGCCACCGUUAUUGAGUUAUUGAACACGGAGUUUACUACAUCACAAAUAGAUGCUGCUCAGUUUAUUGAAACACACAGUGAUGAUAUUCCAGAUGUUAAUUUAGUAAAAUGCAGUACAGAUAACAGAGAAGAAAACAGCAACAUUAAUGAAAUUCCAGACAUGCAUUUUCCCACAGACACCUUUCAGAAUACAGAUGAUGUGAAGGUAGAAUAUAUCUCAUCCAUUCGGGAAGAAGAAAUUAAAGAAAUCUAUCAGAAAGAGGGGGAAGUGGAUGAUGUCAAAAACAUUGAUAUAGAUGUGCACAGCAAUGUCAGAGUGGAACCCAGUGGACUGGAUACUAGUAGUAUGAAUUUAGAAGAUUUUACCAGCCAACGUGUGGAAGGAAACACUCCAGAACACUGCAGUGAUGUUGAAAUUGUUAAUAAUGAAUUAGAAAACUCAAAUGUUGUUGAGAUUUCCGAAGAACAAACUGUUAAUAGAACUGAAGACAUACCAAUGGCACAAACUCCGGAAAAAGCUCCACAAACAACCAAAAUAGAACCAGUUAAACAAUUGGAAAGUCCUUCAGAAGUUGUAGAGGAACCAGAAACACCACCCUCAGAGGGUAGUAAUGCAGAUGUUCCCAUUAGGAGAAAGAGAAAGUUACCAAUAGAACUGCAAGAGUUGCCACACCUAACAGGAUGGUCAAGAAUGGCUUCGGGAUUGUUGGAGAAAGUGGGUAAAUAUAGAGGUUCGGGUCGACUGGUGGGUGCCGCUCAUUGGUUUUUACAACCCGUUACACCUGCUGAUGCUCCAGGAUAUUAUGAUAUAGUGAAGAAACCUAUGGAUUUUUCUACUAUCAAAAAGAAAUUAGAAGGUGGCCAAUAUAAAAAUUUGGAAGAAUUUCACGCCGACAUGAUGCUAGUGAAAGCCAAUUGCGAUUUAUACAAUCCUCCAGGACACGAAGCGAGAACGGACGGAGAAGAGGUUUUCACUUUUUACCUGCAAGAGUAUAAUAGAAUUGUUGAAAAGUGGCAGAAAAGCCACUUGUUGUCCAGCUCUCGACGUUCCAAAUCUAGUAAAGAGUAAAUAUUAGCAACAUGACUCAUUCUGUAUUUAAGUUUGUUCUUUCCGAUUUUUUAAAAAUCGACUCAAAAAUGUCUUCCAUCAUUUUAAUUGUAAAUUUAUCUGAAGAUUCGUUGUGUAAAUGAUACUCUUUAAUUAGAUUUAAAUGAAUUUUACAUCGUCCUUAAUGGGGAUUUGUUCCAAAUUGCCAUUAAGUCCUUCUGUUUCUUUUUUUAAUCUGUAAAUAGAUUUCAUUAAAUUUUUCUUACAAUCAU